UCCCGCAGUCAGUCAGUUGUUGGGCGAAGCGCGCGCGGUACGCAGUGGCUUAAACCGGUACGGUCGGAAGAUACGAGCAAAGAGACAGGAUGGCGGUCGGGGCUAUUUGCUUUUUGGCGGUUCUAUGCAGUUUACUACAGCAAGGUUUAGCAAUAACGUGCUACCAAUGCAACAGCCACAACGAUUCGCGGUGUCUGAUGACCAAGUUGCCGGACACUCUCCGCCUGCCAUGCAGCCCCAAGGACACCAUGUGCCGAAAGAUCUCCCAGGUUGUGGAGUUCGAGAUGAACGGCAUGCCUCCAGACAGCCGUGUCAUCAGGGGCUGCGGAUGGGAUGACAGCAGCUACAAGGGCCGUUGCUACCAACGCUCAGGUUUUGGAGGCAGACAGGAAGUGUGUUCGUGCUUAGAAGACGGUUGUAAUUCCGCAUCCGUGCCGGUAGUAGCCACUGUUCUAAUGCUCCUCACAUUCGCAUUACUAAGGUUCUAAUUAACCUCAUAAAACCAAGACAUUUCAAGGUUAUCUACCUUUAAACUAAUAUAACAAUGUCGCGACUGACAGGCACCAUUCAGCCUAAAUCCUUGGACAAGUUAUUUGAACUUUGGAUAAGUGGACUAGAAAGAAUUGUAGACAUAAAUCUAAGGGAUUAUAAUGAUUGUACGGAGAUCUCUGAUUUUUGAACGCACCAGAAAAUAAUUAACUUAUUUGGAAAAUCAACCAUUAUUCUAGGUCAAUUUGAUAUGGAUUUAAGUUAUGUGAGUAGAUCUGGGCACUUCUGUUUUUUUUUCUCUUUAAACUGUGAAAAUAUCUUAGUUCCAUGAGAAACCAUAUAAACCACAUAGAACCAGAAUUAGUGUUGCUUCACUUAGAACUUGGAUCUUAGUUGCGCUUUCCUGAUUCUUUCCAAGGAUUCCAUAGUAGAUACAAAAUAUUAUUGAGGAAGGAUUUACUCUUAUGUUCUAAUAACAAUUUAUUUCCUAUUAGGAUUUCCGGACUAGAUACUCUUGUUGCGUCCAAACAAAAGUUACACAUUAUAAAUUACUUCGGAGGUUGGACCAGAUAAUCUUGAAAUGUCUGGCCUAAAAGCACUAGUCUUGUACAUUGUAUUGUACUUGGCCUAACUAGGCUGUAGAUAUAUUAGGAAGUAAAUUAUAUUAUUAAUUUUUAGAUGCGAGUUUCUAUAGAAUGAAUGGAACUCUUCCGAUGCAGAAGUAGAUAUAAAUAGGUGGUUUAAAAUGGGGGGGUAAUUGUGUGCCGCAUUUCUAAUGGAUUAGCUUAACUCAAAACGAUUGCAACUACUUACUUUUAUUUGUCUAUAAUAGACCGGUUGAUUUUGAUAAAAUGCAUGCACCUGUAUCGAUUAUUCCUAAGAUAUAAUUUUUAUGUUAUUUUGAGAUGAUGUUACUAGAAAUCAAUCGGAGCGGCUAGUUACCAAAGGAAGUGUAGAAAUUAGAUAUAUAACCAAUGUAGAUCACCAUCGAUGCAUAUCAACAAUUUUGAUAAUACUACAUUAAAAGGUGGUUCCAUAGCUAAUAUUAUUUUAAGUAAUGCAUAUAAUUUUUUGUACGGACUUGGCAAUAUCGUAAAACUAACAAAGAACGAAUCGUGCAAAUUGCAAGAGAAGUUCAGGGAAAGGAAUGCUCUUGAUGCGUGAAUGUAAUAAAUAAUUAAGAUAAAGAUGUUUCUGAAUAAUCUAGGUAUGAAUGAUGAUGUGAGAUUGUGAACAAGCAUAAAUCUAUUUUCGAUAGAGAUAAAUUUUAAAUCACCUAAUAUCUUUGUCCUGAGUGAUGUACAACUAUGUGAGCUCUGAUUACAAUUAUGGCACCUCUUGAUACCAGGGAAAUUUUGAGAGAAUCACAGUUCUUUAAAUGUUGGAACCACAAUUAUAUUUGGCACACCAAAAACUUGAUAAACCCUGUUUGCAUACAAAAAGUGCGACAAGUUUACAACUACCGAAGUUAGCUUAUGAAUUCUGUAUGGAACUGAGGGCUCCCAUGUUCAGUAACUUAUCUGGCUGGUUGAUCAGUAAUUGUCUUAUAUAACGCAAAAUUUAGAGCCGCUAGCAUACUUCGUUGACAUAUCACUAUCUUGUUUAAAACUAUCGGAAAAGUUACAGAAUAUGGGAGAAGGUCGCCGUUCGAUUUAGAACCUUCGGGAGAGCUUCUCAAUCAAGUAUAAGGCUGGUAACUAUAUUUCACAAAGUCUUUUGUUUAUCGCUGCGCUUGCAAUGUACCCAAAUUGACCAAAAUGGGGCAAACCGCUCCACUGGGACGCACAGUAUUUUAUAGAUACUACCCUAAUACAACCCAUUGUAUCAUACUACUAAAAUUUUCAUGAGCACAGCCAUUAUUGAAACAAUAAAUAAGCUUAUUCCAUCACAUCUACCGACGUGGAAAACUAGACCAGGUCAUAGCUUAUGCUUAAUGGAACGGUGGCUGAUUACUCUGAUGCUAUUAGUGAACUAGCGCGACACUGUACAGGUGAACACAGAUUUAUAUGCCAAGGAUUUAGUUAUAUCUAUUACAUACGGACAUUGAUUCUCUGAUUUGAUCUCUACAAAUCGUAAUUUUCGUUUAGAUUCUCAGAACUACGGCAUAAUGUACCAAACGGAUAACUCAUUACAAUAAUUUCCGUACAUUCCCUUAAGUCAAAACAUCACUCGAUGCCAUUUUUUUAAGAACUAUAGAUCAAUCUUUGACAGAGUAUCUGCGAUCACCCCUGGCGUAGCCCAGAGUAACCAUAGAUGGUAAGCGAUAGAAAUGUAGAAAACCAUGAUUAUUUGACGUAACAUGACUGUAUCUCAGUUGACACUAAAUUUAUCUAGGCACUAUGGAAAGUGGCCAUCAAAUAAUGUCCAAACCAUUAUUAUGCAUUACGUAAUUGUACGUGCCAAUCGAGUCGAAAUGAACUCAAUUGGUCACUUAGGUUUCAGAAUGCAAAAUAUGGAUUCAACAGGUUAUUUGGUGGCAACUUUUAAAGUGUUUGUUUAAUUUGGUGACAACUCAGAUACAAAUCAGAGUGCAGAUCUGAUAUCGAGAACCGUUCUAAGCGUUUACAUUUGUCUAAGUGUUUUUUUGUCAUUGAAUUGUAUCGUUGUCGUCAAUUUGAAUUCAUUUUGUAUCAUAUUUCUUGAAACGAACUAAAUUAUGAGUCAUUUAAAAAUUUGACUUUUAACUCUAUUAUUUUAGUUUUCUAAGUAAAAAAUUAGUUAUCUUUCGACUACUGUCAUUUGACAUUGCAGGUGGAAUUAAAUACACUCUGUAUUUAUCACCGACUGUACUAACAAAACAGUGUUAAUGAUGCACAACUUAGCGAUGGUUUGUAAAUAGAAGAUAACACGUCAAAUAUAACACUGCCUCCUUAAUGCUCUAAUCAGUUCAGAUUACCAACGUUUUCAUGUAUUACAUAACAUUGUAUUUAUUGCACUCUUGUGCAAUAAUAGCUUUACUGUUGUGUUUGUUAAUUGCGAGUAUUUAUUAAACGUUUUUCAUUAU